CUGUCCCUCCCUCCCUUCCGAGCAUCAAGUGCAGCCUGCGCGCAGCGUCCUGGCUGCGACUCUCUCUCAGAAGAAGCAAUGAGGAGAAGGGAGCCGUCGCCCUGCUGAGACCAGGACUGGGAUGCACUAACAGCCAUUUGUUUUCUCCUCGGAUCAUAUUUGUAUAUUUCUAGGGAAAACAAACACUUUGCGGAUUUGGCAUAUCCAUCAAACGGAUGCAAGCAGAGCCAGGCCCAACUUAACAAUGGGCCCAAUAACCCUGUGUGUGCUGCUCCCGGUGACGGUGCUGGCUUUGGUGGUGGCCGUAGCUGCUGAGGAGAACGCAGUCGACGACGAGUACACCUGGCCGCAGUGGAAGGUGCCUCUGGUAAGGAAAAGACGCACUGUGCCUCUAAGCAGCCCAAACUUUUCCGCCCAUCCUCAGCCCGAGCUGAGUGGGACCUGUGGGAUCGAGUGUCAGCGUCGCCUCCCUGCCACGUCUCUGGACGACCUGGAGCAGUUCCUCUCCUACGAGACGGUUUAUGAGAAUGGUACGCGCACAUAUACCUCAGUUUCUGUGCAAGGUCUCAAUGAGGUGACUGCCUUGUCCAAAAACAUCUCGUCUAGCUCGCGCCAAAAACGAGAGGUGUACGGCACAGAUACCCGCUUCACCAUCUCUGAUAAGCAGUUCUCCACCAAAUAUCCCUUCUCCACCUCUGUGAAGAUCUCCACAGGAUGCUCUGGGGUCCUCGUGUCACCUAAACAUGUUCUGACUGCUGCCCACUGCAUCCAUGAUGGGAAGGAUUAUCUAGAUGGGGUGCAGAAGCUACGUGUUGGUAUUCUGAAGGAGAAGUCCAGACGAGGGAAAGGAGGCAAAGGGAGAGGAGGGAGAGGAAAGGGCAAAAGGAGAAAGGGAGACACAGAUAAAGAGGAAGUGCAGGAGAAGGAAGAGAAUGAAGGGAAAGGGGACCGUAAAGGAAAAGGGAAAGGUAGAAAGAGCCGGAGUCGGCGAAGUGCAGAAUCAGGGAAACCUUUGUUUAGGUGGACUGGGGUCAAGAAGACCCAAGUGCCUAAGGGCUGGUUCAAAGGUGUGUCUGACGGACUGACUGCGGAUUAUGACUAUGCUGUUUUGGAGCUGAAGAAAGCACCCAAAGUCAAGCACAUGGAUCUAGGUGUUGUCCCCUCUGUCAAGAAGCUCCCUGCUGGGAGGAUCCACUUCUCCGGCUUUGAUGAUGACCGUCCUGGCAACCUGGUGUACCGGUUCUGCUCCGUCUCGGAGGAGUCCAAUGAUUUGUUGUACCAAUACUGCGAUGCCAAACCUGGCUCCAGUGGCUCUGGGAUCUACAUCCGCCUCAAAGAGCCUGGCAAGAAGAAGUGGAAGAGGAAGAUCAUUGGGGUUUUCUCCGGUCACCAGUGGGUGGAUGUAAACGGGAACGGGAUGCAGCAGGAUUACAACGUGGCGGUGAGGAUAACACCUCUCAAAUAUGCCCAGAUCUGCUACUGGGUCCACGGGGACUCGAGUGAGUGCCAGGUAGCCUAAGACAACACAGGAUCCCCCAUUAACCACAAUCCCUCACUGGUCCCUCAGACCAACCUUUUUACACGGGACACCCUACCUUCACCCCCCCCCCACCUCUCAUUACCAACCAGGGGCCCGGCGACUGCCUCUCCUCUUCCUGCCUCCCAGUUACCUCCUGUGCCUCCCAGUGACUCCUGCUAAACUGAUUGACACACAAAGCACACACAAACACACACACAAACACACACACACACACACAACCUACAUGUAGCCAUACAGACUCAGUGUUGACAACAGGAAGUCGUCGGCGUAUCAAGAGAACUGUGGUUCUUCAGCUUUUCUAAUUUAUUUGUUUAAAAAACAACUAAGAAAAAAAUAUGUAUUGUAUGUAUUUACAGAUCAUACAGAUCUGCAGUUUUGCUUUCUAUUUUGACUCUUUUUUUUUAUAAAGAUUUGACCAUUUUGGAUACAAUGAUGGAAAGCGUGUACAUUCAAAUGUUUGCGGGCAAAGCCCCUGGUACAUUCGUCUUAUAUUCCAACUAGGUUUUGUAUGGAGUGACUUGCAUUUUCAAGUGUUCUUCGCCACUGUAAAGGAGAGCCGUGCAUUGGCUUUGACAAAAGACCCAGAAUAAAUUAAUGUAACUUUUGUUUUCCAAAUGACCUAUACAGAGAUAUUAAGAUAACUUUAAUUGAACGAGCUGGUGUUUUGCAUUGUGUAUAUCUAGAAGUUUGAGUUUUUUGUUUUUUUUUACAGCUACCUUUUUAAAUAAGACUGUUCUUCUGUCUAGAAAGGGUCCUUAUGGAUCCUGAAUGGAUUUUUUUGUUCUGAUUUGUGAGUCACACCAUAUUUUCUCUGUUCUUGCAACAUUGUUGUGCACAUAAUUAUAUCGGUGCUUAUCCAGAAGACGUGGUGCUAAUUUAUGUAAUUGUAAAAAAAAUAUAUUGUGAUAGCCUAGUACUGUAACUAUGUAUUUUAUGUGAGGCUACAUAUUUGGGUUGUGUUGAGACAGGACUGAACCAUUUAAUGAUUAACUUAAACUAUCAUGAUUUUUUUUUUUAAUUCUAAGGGUUAAAUCAGAUUACAAAGGCAAUAUUGUUAUAUAAUAACAAAUUCAAAUGUGGGAUGUGAUAUUUUUUACUUUUCAUGUUGUUUAAUUUCCAAAAAUUCAUCUGAGCAUCAUUUUGAAUACCAAAGACCUGAAAUGAAUGAUGCAGAUUGAAGACUACCAACCAUUAAACCAAGAUUACUACUUG